GGAAUAUUCUCGGCUAUGGCGAAGUUUGUGUUUGUGCACGGCGCCGGGCAUGGCGCGUGGUGCUGGUACAAAGUCUUGCCUUGUCUCCGCCAAGCUGGCCACGCGGCCCUGGCCGUGGAUCUCACCAGCGCCGGGAUCAGCACCGUUGAUCCCAACCAGGUGAGAACCUUGGCUCAUUACUCGCAGCCUCUCAUCGAUCUCAUCGAGUCCCUUCCUCAAGGAGACAAGAUCGUGCUCGUGGGUCACAGCCUUGGAGGAAUUGUCGUCACUUAUGCCAUGGAGAAGUAUCCCUCGAAGAUUGGAGCGGCUAUCUUCGUGGUGGCACAAAUGCUCCCUUCGGGUCCCAAAGCUAUAGAGAUCCGACAGAAGGCGGCGAUGCCUGGUUUUCUGGAAAUUAUAGAUAGCUUCUGCACCAAGGACUCGGAAGUUGCAACCUCAUCAAGCUUCAAACCGGAGCAUCGCCAGUCUGUGCUUUACCAUCUUUGUUCGCCCGAGGUGAAAUCACGGCCAAAACUUUUAGAUCCGCUACUAAAACUCGACUUCAAACAGGACGUGGAGCUAGGGAAUCUUCUAGUCAAACCAAAUCCUCUCUUGCCACCCUCUGAAAUCGCCGUGGAGUACACGAAAGAGAAGUAUGGAAGUAUUCCUCGUUAUUACAUCAAAGGGAUUCAUGACGUGUUGAUGCCCGUGGCAAUGCAAGAUUAUCUUCUGGAAAACAAUCCCCCUGACGGUGUUCUAGAGCUUCCAUCUGAUCACAGCCCCUUCUUUUCCACUCCAGAUGCGCUUGUGGAGGCACUCACAAGCAUUGCAACAUCGUUAAAAUGAAAGACUAUGGCAAAUGCAAGGAACCCGUCCUAUCACCAUACAAUGAAAAUAAUCUUGGAAGAUAAUGCAAUGCCAAUCAUGCAAGAGCUUGGUUUUGGCUGAGGAUCUUCAUGGUAAUAAACAGGGAUGAUGCUUUCCUGUGCAACAAGCUCAUCGCAAUGUACACAGCAUACCUUAUCCCCAUGCUAGGCUUCAAGAGAAAGCACAAAAUACCUUUACAAGGAUGCCAGAUGCAAAUACGGUGGCUUGCAACUGCAUGAUUGAUGCGUACGUGCAUCAUGGCAUUCUUGAAAAGGCUAAAUUUCUGUUUGAUACAAUACCAAAACAAGCAUUAGCUGCUUGGAACACUAUGCUCCUUGCAUAUGCCCAAAGAGGUCACCUUGAGAAUAUUACAAGCUCUGGACCCAGAAGACAUCCAUGGGGUCUUCCACCUCUUUGCAACCAUGCUAGAUGAGGCUGCAAGCCGCAUUUGUCGCUCCAAGCUAACUUUGUAAGCAAUCAUGGCCGAGGAUCCUCAAAGCCAUGCUAGUGGACAAAUAGUGGCUAGAGUUUAGCAAAGACUCGAUGCGUUCUCAUAUCAGCACAAAUUGAAUCGCACCAGGGUUCCAAGCACUUCUAUUCUGUCCUCUCCAAGAUUUACAAGCAAAGAGAUUGAUUGGAAGCUACUAUAGAUGCACCGUGACAGCAUCUUCCUGGUAGAAAAGUACGCUUUUUUCGAAGUUCCCACAUAAUGCUAGCAGGUUGAGAAUUGACCAUUCCUGACAUCCAGAAGCUUUUGAUAUCACUCGAAUCCAAGCCUUGCAGCUCGAGAGUCGAGACAAUAAAACGCGUGCGACUGGAAUAUUCUUGGC